UCAAUGUUAAAAGUUUCCCGGAACACGGAGCCCCGCCUACAGACACGCCCUCCACCAAUCAAGCUGAGGUUUUGCCCCACGCCCUUCCAAUCAGAGCCGAGGAAGACGGUCGCUCACGUAAAUUACGUAAAGGGAGGGACCAAUAAGAGCCGAACUUGUAAACUGGCUCCGCCAAUGGUAUUGUUUCCUGGAGAGCGCGCGAGCUUUUAGACCAGGAUCCCGAGGAGAAGUGAAUGGCGCUGGAUCCCUGAAGCAAGAUUCCAGGGGACAGCCCCGGCCGUCCGGCGGCUGCGCGGCCGACAUGGCCUGUUGUCAGCACGUAAUGCUGCUGCUGGAUACCGCGGGCGGCACCGCCGACCAGAACCUGGCGCGGCGGGCCGCCCUGCGCCUCCUCAUCUACCUCAGCUGCCGAUUCGGGCUGGCCAGGGUCCGCUGGGCCUUCCGGUUCUUUGACUCUCUGGGGGCGCGGAGCCGGCCCUCCCGCGUGUCUGACUUCCGCGAGCUGGGGGCCCGCUCCUGGGAGGACUUUGAGGAGGAGCUGGAGGCCCGGCUCGGGGAUGGCGCCCCCGGCGCCCACCUGCCCGGCCCGGCGCCCAGGGCCGCCCACACGCACGGCGCCCUGAUGGAGACGCUGCUGGACUACCAGUGGGACCGGCCCGAGAUCACGUCGCCCGCCAAGCCGGUGCUGCGCAGCAGCGGCAGGCGGCUGCUGGACGUGGAGAGCGAGGCCAGGGAGGCCGGGACCGCGCUCGGGGGCUUUGGGAACGCGGUCUUCCUGCUGGCCCCCUGUCCGCACUCUCAGAGGGAGCUGCUGCAGUUCGUGUCCGGCUGCGAGGCUCAGGCGCAGGGCCCACUGCCUGCCGCCAGGCAGCUGAUGGAGAAGCUGCUGCCCAAGAGGGUCCAGGAAGGCAUGAUCGCCCGAAAAAUCACCUUGUACUGGGUGGACACCACCGAGAGGUCGCAGUUGCGGGAGUCCCCGGACCACCUCGGGUACUGGGCGGUAUGCGAACUGCUCCACCAGGUGGGGGGCGCCAUCUUGCCUUCGUACCUGUGGAGCCAGGACGGUGUGAAAGCUGGGGAGUCUCCGCCUGGUGGUGAAACGCAGCUGCCGAGGGAACCCGGCCUCUCCUCGUGGAUUUCCACCCUGCCGACCGAUUCCACUUUAAACUGUUUGCUCUACAACUCUCCUGAGUACGGAGCCUCAUUUCCACGGACAGAAGGAACGUUGUUUCUCCCUGUUGAGGGCAAAGAGAUUCAAGAGGCAUGGGCGGUCGUCCUGGAGCCCUUGGCCAUGCACCAGAGACGUUUUCAGAAACCAGUCCAGAUUUUCCUAAAAGGCACGGCCGCCCGGUGGUCCCCGCCGAUGAGCAGCACCGUGGGCAGUGACAGCUGGAUGCUCCGGAGUCCGGAGCAGCACCCAUCAACCCAAAGGGCGCUAUUUCAGCAGCUGGUGGACAGGCUGACUGCCGAAGAGUUACAUCUGGUUGCCACCGUGGACCCCGGGGACGGCGGGCCGCCCGUCACUGGAGUCAUGUCCCCGCUGUCUGCCAGCGCUACAGUUCUCACCGUGUUCCGCACCGAGGAGGCUGGAUUUCAAAGACACGUUCUCCAGGCAGUGGUGGCAGAGAGCCCCCAGGAUGCAGCGCCCCUCUUCCCCAGUGUGGUGGACGUUGUGGUGAACCGGGCUUGCAACCUGCGGGAAGGCCCCGCCGCCUCCGCGCCUCCCGGUCCAGAGUGGGUCCAGCAGGAGCUCAGCCGCACCGCGCCCUGGACCCCGGCGGUCACCGAGCGCUGGUUUCCCUGCUCCAACCUGAGUGGCGCCAGUUCCAGCUUGACGGAGUCGUUUUGCUUACUGCAGGCCGCGCCGUCUAGCAAGGAGGAGCCCUCCCAGACGGAGAGUGAGCUCACACGGCGCCUGUCGGAGCUCUACCUGCGGAAGGCUCGCGAGGAGUCGGCGGCGCCGGGCCGGGAGGACCGCAGGAGGAAACGGGGUGGCCCUCGCACCCCAGUGAGGCAGAAGAUGAAGACCAUGUGCCGUUCCCUAAAGAUGCUGAAUGUGGCCAGGCUGAAUGUCAAGGCUCAGAAGUUGCAUCCGGACGCCAGUCCAGAAGCCGCUGGGGAGAAGGGGUCCCAGAAGACAGCCGGCGGGAGAGUGGCGGCUAAACCAGAGAGCAGGGCAAGAGCACGGAGCUCCAGAGUGAAAGAUUUUAAAACUGAAGAGGAGCUGCAGUCUUACCUGCAUGAAAAUUACCAAAAGACUGUGGCUACAGGAGGAGCCAUGUUGCAUUCGUGUGCUCAGAACAUGAUCUCAACUGUGAAGGCUUUCCUGAAGGCCAGAGGCAGCCGGGACUUAGAGAUGGACUGCCGGGACCGGGUGAAAAGCACCCUCUUAAAAGCCAGCAAAAGUCUCAGACAGAAUAUAGGGAAGAGCCUGGGUAAAGAAGACAGAGUCAGAGAGUGCCAGCUUCAGGUGCUCCUGCGUCUGGAGCUGUGUCGCCAGUGCCCGUCGGUGCCCGACCGCGUGGACGCCGUGGAGCAGGUGGUGGACGAGGUGACAGACUUGCUGCGCACGGUGUGUUUAACUGAGGAUUCGGCGUACCUGGCCAAGUUUCUGGAAGAAAUUCUGAGCUUGUACGCCGCCUGCAUCCCCGAGACGCUCGGCAGACUCUGCGACAGCCUGGGCUUCGUCGUCCCUCAGAAGCUGGCCGACGUCCUUCCGACAGGCUUCCUCAGCGACGACUCCACGACGCAGGACAGCCAGUCGCCGCUUCUUUCUGUGCCUCUUCCGUCAGGUGCUCCCAGGUCAGCGUCGGGCGGCAACGAAUCCCACCAGCUGGAGGAGCUUCGCACGCGGUCGGCGAAGAAGAGGAGGAAAAAUGCAUUACGAAGACAUAAAAGCGUGGCGGAGGUCUCACAGAAUCGUCGUCAAAUUGAAAUUCCCAAAAUGUCCAAGAGAGCCGCCAAAAACGAGAACUCUCGCCCCAGUCUGCAGCAGCCCUCACUCCCUCCGAAGGACACGGUACAAGAAGUGACCAAAGUUCGAAGAAAUCUCUUCAACCAGGAAUUUUCCCCGUCAAAGAGACCGGCAAAGCACGGGCUGCCCCGCAGCCACUCCGUGUCCGUAGUGGAAGGCCUGGCACGGGAGCUUGACCAGGCCGAGAGGGCCACAGGUCACCGCAGACUGCUGACGAGGACCGUGGCUGAGACUCCGGAGCACAAGCAGGUGUCCAGGAGGCUGCUGCACAGACAGGUCAAGGGCAGAUCCUCUGAUCCCGGUCCUGACGUUGGUGUCGUGGAGGAGUCCCCGGAAAGAGAAAUAAGUCUGAGAAGAAGCCCUCGCAUCAAGCAGCUGUCACUCAGCAGGACAAGUUCUGGUUCCUUUUACUCCGUGUCUCCGCCGAAGUCUCGAAGUGUGCAAAGAACUCACUCGCUUCAGCAGAACAAGCCAGACCAAAGAGAACAUUCUACUACCCCAAGUGUUCGGUCUCCAAAGAAGCUUCUUUUUGGGGCAGUGUCUCCAAUGCUCAGCCCCUCAGAGAAGGGCUCCGCUCGAACUCAAAGGCCUUGGGGAAAGAAGCUGGCUGCUGAGCUGCCUGCAGACCCUCAGACCCCCAGGAAGAGUGCCCAGAAGUCUAGCUCUCCUGCAGCUGCCGCCAGAAGGCUCCCUGGUACCCCGCAGACCCCACCACUGCACACCCCUGAAAGGCAACCGAAGCCCCCUGCACCCCGGACCCCUGCCCGACAGGUGCUCUUGCGGUCCUUUCAGGAUUCCUCCGUGCAGGGUUGCGAUCUACCUUCUCCUCCUAAACUGCCUGCACGGAAAGGACGCCCCCUGCUGGAAAGAGGGGUCUCUCCCCUCGGAAGGAUUCCCAGAACUCCCACAAGGCCACACGGCCGGCCCCUUGGGUUUUUGCAGGAUCCUGCCCGGUCACCUGUCGUGAACUCCAGUCCUGGAAGCCCCUCUGGGCUGGCUGCCGCCUCAGUGCUGUCCACUGGCCAGGGAAGUCCUGGGGGUCUGACUUUCGGCAGGGUCUCUCUCAAGUCGCCCCCCGGAGAGGCACCGACAGGGGUGCAAAGGGACACAGCCCUCAUGGGCACACCUCCCAACCAGAAACGCCAGUAUCCCCGCGGCCUCAGAGCCUCUCAGGGAAAGGAGCCAGCACAGAAACAGCAGGUCGAAGCUGGCAGAACCCCAGAGAGGCCUGGGGACCCGCCCAUGACGCCUUUCCCACCUGCUUCUCCAGAGGAGCCUUUGCCCUCUCCCGUCUGUGAUGCCUCCCGGAGCCCACUCAGGACACCUCCGGCAGAAUCUCCUCCCCCUGCACAGCUGGACUGGAAAGCGCUCUGGGAUCCAGGCAGCCGGGCCCCGCCUCUCUCCCAUCCUUCAACUGGCCCCAAAACCUCGCAGAGCGCUAACCCGGACGUCACACCCGGUCAGCCCCCCUCUCACAUCAGGACAAGGGACAGCGGGACCUCCGAUCCGGAGGGCCACUUCCCAGAGGGUGAGCCCAGGACCUCGGCUCCUCCUGCAGCUGAUGCCAUGGACAGCCCGGCUGUCUUCACCGACACUAAGAAGCACCCAAAGGACGUGGAUCCCUCCUCUCCUAGGCCUCCCCAAAAGCACCGUGACCCUGCGCUUGGCUUCAGCAGUGACUGGCAUCGUUCUUCCCCUUGGCUCAUCGCAGGGGACACAGAGCACCUCCUUCUCCUGGAUGGAGCCGAGGGCCGUGGUGCCCGGGGCCAGAGCAGCAGCGCUUCUCCCUCGGGUGAAGGUACGGGGUUGAGGACAGUAGUUGCCGAUGAGGGGCCUUCUCUGUGUCCCCUCGGGGAUCCCCCAUCUCCCCGCUCUGGGCCCAGCUCCCCGCCGACACCAUCCUGCACCCUGCACUGUCCUGAGCACAGAGGGCCACGCCGGGCAACCACUCCCACCCAGCUUUCAGGAGCCCCCACCAAGGUGCAGACCUAUGAGGUGGAGCUGGAGAUGCAGGCUUCCGGGGUGCCCAAGGUCCGAAUUAAAAAGAGAGACGCCAGCCCUCAGUCAGUAGUCGAGCCCCCAAGGCGGGCCCAGAGUGUGCCCCCUGGUCUUGGCAUGCCCAGGGCCAGCAAGCCCUCCUGCAAACCCGAGAUCACCUAUAUGUCACCCCCCUGCCCCCACCCCUCACACAGCAGCCCCAGCAACAGUUGGGGACAAACCUACAUCUGCCAGUCCUGCACCCCCAGCACCCCCAGCCCGUUUCAAACAGACGUUGGGGUCCCUUGGACACCGUCUCCCAAGCACGGUGGGAAGACAACUCCUGACAGCAUCAAGGACUGGCCCCGCAGGAAGCGGGCGGUGCUCUGCAGCCUGGGCACUGCCACGGGGAGGGGCGACGCCGGCACAGGACUCCCUGCGGAGGGCAAGGAGCCGGGCCUCCAGCUCAGCGUCAGCAGGUCCCCUGUGCUGGGGGAUUUUGAGCUCGAGGGGGUGUAUCACCUGCCAGACCAGUCACCUCCCGGAGACAGCGAGUCAAAGGCCGAAGAAGCCUUCUCCUGGGGACAGUUUGGGUUGGGACCCAGGAAGAGACUACUUUCUGCUGAGGAAGCCGAGUGUGAUGCCAAGAAGGUCUGUGACAGGCCGAGAAGAGACUGGGAAGUUGGUCAGAGCGAGGAGAGGUCCCCAAAGAUGGGGGUGCGGCAGCUCCCUGCCACGGGGGUCGGCGAGGGACCAGUCUCUGGUUCCCCCUCACCGCCCGGCUGCGCCCCGCGCAGCUGCCUGUCUGCCAGCGGGCUCCAGGCACUGACCCAGUCCCCUCUGCUGUUCCCAGGGAAGACGGGCUCCUUGCAGCACAGAGACGCCCCAGACGAGGACACGGACUUGUUUCCCCCAGCGGCCGAGGACUCGCCUUUCAGCGGAGCCUUUUCCAGGCGACGCCCCAUCAGCAGAACCUACUCUCGGAAGAAGCUGAUCAGCUAGUGAGGACGGACAGACCAGGGGACUGACAGCCGCAGACAGUGUGGGGCUGGCCCAGGCGCUCCUGCUUCCCCGCUGCAGAAGCGCUCCGGGAGCGCUG